GAUUCAUCCAAACAUCCAGUAUUCCCCUCCGUCGUAGGCCACCCCAUUUUGCGCGCAGAGGAGCACGUGGGCUCCGCAGUGAUCAAAGAUAUCAUGGUGGGCGAUGAAGCCGCCGAGAACCGUAAUUAUCUCCAAGUCACGCAACCCAUGGAACACGGUAUAGUGCACAACUGGGAAGACAUGAAGCACCUCUGGGAUUACACUUUCGACGAGAAACUCAAGGUCAGCCCGCGUGGCGGUAAAGUGCUACUCACGGAGCCACCUAUGAACCCUAAAGUCAACCGGCAGAAGAUGGUGCAGGUGAUAUUUGAGGAGUAUGGCUUCCAGGGGGUUGUAUGUAGCGAUCCAGGCUGUGUCGAUGUUGUAUGCGCAAGGUGA